CGAGAACGGAAGCGGAAAUUCGGCCAUCUCCUCGUACAUUCAAGCUACAACAGGUUUUCAUCUCCCUACGCCCAAGGUUUUGGGACCAAAUGUUGUCACAGGAAGAAAAAGACAAACUGAGACAUAGCACUCCGUGAAUGAGUGGCUCACAGUCACAAGCCAGAAAAACGAAAAGAAAGCAAGAGGAGAGACCUUCAUUCUGCAUCAUUCUUGUGUAACAGUUCAGAUUGCAGCAGGACUCGACGGCCAGACCGUUGCCAUGUCGACCUCAUCGCUACGGCGACAAGUAAAGAACAUCGUCCACAACUAUUCAGAGGCUGAAAUCAAGGUUAGAGAGGCGACGUCCAAUGACCCCUGGGGCCCCAGCAGCUCUCUGAUGUCAGAGAUUGCUGAUCUGACCUACAAUGUUGUGGCCUUCUCGGAAAUCAUGAGCAUGGUGUGGAAGCGCCUCAAUGACCACGGCAAGAACUGGAGACAUGUGUACAAGGCUAUGACUCUUAUGGAGUACCUGAUCAAGACGGGUUCAGAACGUGUUGCCCAACAGUGCCGAGAGAACAUAUACGCAGUCCAGACCCUCAAGGAUUUCCAGUUCAUAGACAGAGACGGCAAAGACCAGGGGGUAAAUGUUAGAGAGAAAGCCAAACAGCUGGUGACACUGCUAAAAGAUGAAGAGAGACUAAGAGAGGAGAGGAUCCACGCCCUCAAAACCAAAGAGAAGAUGGCACAAACCUCCAGUGGUGAGAAUGCCUCCUCAGCUCCCUCAGCACCCAGCCUGGGAGGCAGCCUGUCAGCGGGCUCCCACUCUGGGGGGGCCGACCCUGAGCAGGCGUGGCCCCAGAGCACUGGAGAGGAAGAUCUGCAACUCCAGCUGGCUCUGGCCAUGAGUAAAGAAGAGGCAGAGCAGACUAACAAGGACCCUCUGGAGGACGCAGAGCUCAGCUAUGCUAUCACACUCAGCAAAGAUGCGCAACAAAAGGAAGAGCGACUGCGCAGAGGAGACGACCUGAGACUGCAGAUGGCCCUGGAGGAGAGCAGGAGGGAAAAGAAGAAGCCGGAGGAGGGCUCUCUGAUGGAGCUGAGUGCAGUCGACCCCUGGGGGGCCGCGGGUGCUGCGGCCCCUUUGAGCUCUGCCGGCCCCUCGCCUCCACCCUCGAUUCCUGCCCCUGCUGCAUCAGGUCCUUGGGGCGCAGCUCCUGCAGACCCAUGGGGGGUUACGUCACCCACAUCCCCUACAAGCUCUGACCCCUGGGGUGGGGGAGCUCCACCCAAUAUAGCCCCUCCCCCUGACCCCUGGGGAGAGACGUCCAACAGAGUUAACAACAUCGACCCCUGGGCGAGUUCAGCUGUGACCCCCCCCAGUGCCGACCCCUGGGGCCCCCCGGUGCCACCCAGCACAUCCUCCUCGGGGGGGCCCGUAGACCCCUGGGCAGGUGAAGGGGCUCUCCCUGCCUCUGACCUUAUAACCUCCGACAUCUGGAGUGGCACCGCCCUACACACAAACGGCACAGGAGACCCGGAGCGACGGGGGUCCCCGGCAAUAGGCUGUAACAGCACAGGCUCCCCGGUGCCCUUUGACCUGUCAUCUCUUGGUUCUUCACUUCCUGUUCGUAAGACUCCCGAGUCCUUCCUCGGCCCCAACGCAGCGCUGGUGGAUCUCGACUCUCUCUUGUCAUCUAAACCCAAACCCAAACAGCCACCGCCCCCUUCCAUCUCUUCCUCUUCAGCGCACAACCCCUUCCUCCAGAACACAGGCUCAUCUCCUGCUCCUGGCAUGGCAGUGACUCCAGGCAGCACCAUUUCCAGUCGGGGGGUUUCUCCAAUACCUGCCUGCUCCAACCCGUUUGGCGUGGCCCCCCCCAUGAGCUCCAUCUCACCUCAGCCCUCCUCACUUGGCCUGAGCCUCCGCUCCAGUCCUGUGCCCCCCAACCCCAUGCUGAGCAUGAUGCAACCAGGAAUGGGCAUGGGGCCAAUGACUGUGGGUAUGGGGGCUCCAGGGAUGGGCAUGGGCAUGAUGCAGGCCAGCCCCAUGGGCAUGCCCUUCAGCGGCCUCUCGCCUAUGGCACCCCCAGGCUCGAUUUUUAUGGGGCACGGAGGCGGACCACCUCCUCAGCUGAUUUUGGGUGGGCCAAGUGGAUCCGGAGUGAUGGGGGCAGGAGGGUCAGUGGGAGGCGGAGGAACGACGGGAGCGAGCACCAACCCUUUCCUUCUUUGAGGAAGUGUCACCACUACUUUGCUCACCAGUUUCAACCUCCCCUGUCGUACCUGCUGCCCCCUUCACCCCCCCCCCCCCCCCCCUCAACACAGUUUGUGUCCAAAAAGAAAAAUGUGUACAUUUCUAUAUUUAAAGAAAAAAACUAAAAAUUUAAAAAUUAUGUUUAUCUUUUCCUUCAAAAGCAUUAUUUCAUUUCAGAAUAAUUUUCCACAUUUAGUUCCUUUCAUUACAGUAUGGGUUGUUUGUGGGCGGGAAAUAGAGAUCUAUUUAUUUUUGUUUUAAACCUGUGCCGUUCUGUAGCGUUCUUCAUGUCGUGUUAUUUUCAGUCCUGUCUUGAGAUGAAGGUAAGUCUGUGAGCAGAGGGGUUUUCAGUAUCACUCUGUAAUAUUUACUGCUGGAGAGAGAGCAGACAUAGGACACUAACAAACGAACAGAGCAAACUGUUGCAACCGG